AUGAGAGCUUUUGGAUUGAUUAUUGCUCUAUCCCUUUAUGUCAAGGUCUUGCUGGCAAUUGCGGUAUCCAAACAAGUCAAGCUAGGUAACGUUUCUUACUAUGUGGCAGGCACACCCGAAUUAACUAUCCAUGAGAAACUCGUUAGCGAGUUAGUCGGGUCUUUGGAAGACUCAUUCCUUUUCCCUUUGACAGUUAUCAACCACUCUGGUAGUUUGGACUACUCUGUCCUAGAAUCAGUUUCUGCAAAUUUCUCCUCUUCCGACGACGUUUUUUCUGCUUUCUUCCUUGAAACUGUGCUGGUUCAAUCUUCCAACGUCGAGGUGGCUUCUCUCUCGAACUCAUCCAUAUCGACUUUAGGUGUGUCAAAUGUUAUCUCUUUGGAAGGUAAUGCGCUACCAAAUGGGCCUUACUUUGGUUCUUUCUUGGAAGGAAAGUUAAAUGUUUACAGAGCGUACAGACUAUACGCAGACCAUUAUGCUGCCUUCCAAUCUGGUAUCGUACCAUCAGAUGAAGAUGCUAAUGAUUUCAUGGUUCUUCCAGCAGGUGUUGCCGUCGCGCAUGCACAAACCAUUGCUGUUCCUUCGAAAUUGUAUUUUACAGUGACAAAAGAACAACCACUAGCAGGCUACCGUGUUGCUGUAAAGGAUCUGUAUGAUAUUGCAGGAAUCAAAACCAGUGGGUCCUCGAGAAACUAUUAUGACUUAUAUGAUGAAGCAAACGUCACAUGUCCUUCUAUUCAACGUGUUCUUGACAUGGGCGCAGUAGUUGUGGGAAAAUUGAAGUUGACACAAUUUGCCAACGGAGAAACACCUACAGCUGAUUAUGUGGAUUACCAUGCUCCAUUCAAUCCUAGAGGAGAUGGUUACCAAUCUCCUUCAUCUUCAUCUUGUGGCUCAGGUGCUGCAGAGGCAGCUUACCCUUGGUUAGACUUUACCAUUGGUUCCGACACUGGUUGUUCUGUUCGUUGUCCUGCCGGAUCUCAAGGAUUAUACGGUUUAAGACCAACUUUUGAUGCUAUUUCCCUGGAUGGUGUCAUCCCUAUGAGUGAUAUCAUGGAUACCGCAGGCUAUUUUGCCAGAACUCCAGAGUUAUUCAAGGUCUUUGGUGAGGCAUGGUAUGGUGCGAAUGAGAACAUCUCUGCCAACUACACAUCUUUCCCUAGUACAGUAUACACUUUCGACAUCGAAGAAGUACCAAGCGCUUACAUAGAAACCCGCGCAGGUCCAGAGGCACGCGCCAUGUUCCACGAUUUUGUAAGCAAUGUUGUCAGUUUCCUCAACGGUACCAAUGAGACCCUACCAGUUUAUUCCAAGUUCACUGCUGACACAGGAAGAAAUCUAACGGAAGUCAGUAACAACACAUGGUCUGGAUUGGCUGGCUACUACCAGUAUGUUAACAUUUGGGAAAAGUUUUCAAAUGACUACCAAAUGGCUUUCGAUGGUGACACUCCUUUCUUAGAUCCAAUUCCAAAGUUUAGAUGGGACUGGGCAUUUUUCAACUUCACAGAGACUCGUUAUGAAGAAGCACGUGCGAACAAGGAAUUGUUUGAUGAAUGGUGGAACACUAAUGUCACCACUCCAGACAGUGAGACAUGCUCCAACUCUGUGUAUAUGUUCUUAUCAAAUGUUGGAUCAACCACUUAUAGAAACGUUUACAGAACAGCACCAUCUGGGGGUCAAAUGUCAGGAUUUUCAGACUUAAUGAUUUCUUCUUUUGCACGUACUCCUGAAGCUAUUGUGCCUCUGGGAGAAAUUGCUUACAAUUCUACCAUCACCCUUACUCAAAAAUACCUACCUGUUACUGCAGCCAUUGGUGCAGCACCAGGUUGUGAUUUCAUGGUCUUGGAUCUAAUUGCAAAAUUAGGGGAGGCUGGUAUUAUCAACGAGGUUGCCACCGGUCAAAGACUCUUCCCUUCAAACUAA